AUGAAAACAUCUAUCUCUGCUGAUGUGUGGGAGAGGAAGAAGGGCUUGAUUGCCAAGUUGUAUAUGGAAGAGGAAUGGCCAUUGAAGCAGGUCAUCAAACAGAUUCGCUCCCCUGAUUUUGAUCCAAGCGAAACACAAUUGCGCAGUCGGUUAAAGAAAUGGCGGGUCACAAAGCCUUCGCGGCAGACCCGGAAGAAAUCUCAGGUCACAGAUGAUGGACUCUCAGACAAGGAGGAAAAAGGUUCAUCGGCUUCUCCCAGUAUGAGCCGGCCAUCUAUCAAGAGAGAGAUGAGCAAGGAACUCUCGACCGCCAGUUCCGACUGGGCCGGUGCACACCCAGUUUACGUUUCAGAGGCAGAGAUGCGAUCAACGGAGCAAUCAUUCAAGUGGAAUCCGUCGCUGGCUCAGCAGUUGACUCCCAGCCCAACAGGUGAACAUGGUCUGGUUCUUGACAGACCACCUACUCAACCUUACAAUCCAAGCCCGACAACCACAUCAUUUGAGCCAGCACAGAAUUCUCCUGUGGACGAAAGUUUCAUUCCAAACACCACAUCCGCCUUGACUCCGACCUUUACUGGCUAUCCACUAUCACCUGAGUCAUGUAUUCCUAGUCCAGGAUCAACCACUGCCACAAUGCCCUGGGGGCCUCGCUCAGUGUCGGUCGAUCUGAGCCUCAACCCGACCAUGCAUUCGGCUUCAUGGUACCCAAUGCCUUUUGAGGCUAUCACUCCACCACCUACCGUGUCUGUGCCACACUCUACUCACAUGGCUCCUCCACCUGGCUAUCGGGACUCUAUGCCCAUGAUCGCAUCUUCCGCCCCGAGCGUUCUCCCUCCCCAGUUCGCUCCUUAUGAGACACCGCAGUAUCCCGGUGACUACGAUGCAAAGCCUUGGAAACGGACUAUGUCUAUGCAGUAUGACUACACAAGCCAUCCAAAUGGCUUGCCGAUGAUGCCGGACCAGAUGGAUCGGAAACAUAUGCCACAUUACAGCCUUCCUCCACCGGGUAAUCAUAUGAUGGCCAUGCCUGCAACUCAGCCUGGACCCCAAGGGGGACUCUGUGCACCUCUUGUCCCAUACAUGGGCCAAGCCCCAGUGGUGCAAAAGCAGCAUCAUGGUGCAGGCUACUAA